AUGGAUGAGAGGUUGAGGGCGGCUGCUCAAGAGGGAAACAUCCAACUUUUGUACACAUUAAUUCAAGAGGAUCCAAAUAUUUUGGAGCGCAAUAUGGAUGAGAAUUUGUUAGCUGAUACUCCUUUACAUGUGGCUGCAUCAACGGGUAACCUUCAAUUUGCAGCAGAAGUCAUGAAGUUGAAGCCGUCAUAUGCCAGGAAGCUCAACCCACGUGGCCUUAGCCCAAUUCACGUUGCUCUACGAAGUAGUGGGGAUGAUCGCGUGGUCGAGUGGUUUGUCUCUGUUGAUAGCAACUUGGUCCGUGAUAAAGGAGGAGAUGAGGGCAUGACUUCUUUGCAUUAUGUGAUUGCUCAAGGAAAUGUUAAUCUUUUGAGAUCUUUUCUACUGUCUUGCCCAGACUCUAUUGAAGAUUUGACAACGAAACGUGAAACUGCCCUGCAUAUUGCCCUAAAAUACUACGUUCCCAGGAUUUUUGAGGCUUUGGUGGGAUGGCUAAAGAAGGUCGACAAGGAAGACAUCUUAAACUGCCCAGAUGAUGAUGGCAACACCAUCUUGCAUAUGGCCAUAUCCAAGAAUCAAACUCAGGCAAGGGCUGUGAGAUUGUUAUUAGGCAGAGAAAUGAUUAGAAAGAUCAAGGUAAAUGCGAAGAAUGAUAUGGGCUUAACAGCUUUGGACAUCUUUCAACUUCCAAUGGAAUUGGACAUCAACACAGAGAUCGGAGAUAUGCUAUGCCGAGCUAAAGCAUUGAGAGGAAUAUUUAUUAAACAUGAUGAUUCCCUUGAAGAAUUAGAUAAAUUAGACAAGUACUGUUCUGGACUGGGUGCAAACAAGGACAUGUCUCAGGCGGUAUUGACUGUGGCCGUACUAAUUGCACAGCCACAUUCCAAGCUGCGCUCAGCCCACCUGGUGGAAUCUGGCAAGAUGACAGAGGACCACAUUUUGUAG